AUGUUAUCUCCACCUCCCUCUCCAAGUUAUCCACCUUCUCCUUCAAGUUCAUCUUCAAAAAAACAGUCAGAGACAACUGGGCGCUUGAAAAAAUUAAGGUGGAUAAUAAUUCAAAAUUGGAUAUCCAGACCCAAAGACCCAUUUCAAGAGUUCCAGGCUGUAGGUUCAAUGUUAAAACAAUAUUCCAAAGCCUAUGACACUAUUCUGUUGUUCCUCCCUGGAUUUAAUACUUCUGAGAUGGAAUACAAGGAGCUCAAUCUUUGUCUGGCUGCUGUAAAUCCACCAUCAAGAAUGCAAUGCUUGAACUUUGCAGCCACCUAUCCCAAGGAAUUCAAGCAAGUCAGAACAAAGGACACAGGUGAACAGAGCAAAGGUAGUGGUGGAAAACCAUCAAAGAGCAAGAUGUAUGGUAUUACAGAGGUCACACUCGCAAGUUUUGCAUGGUCUCUUUGUUGCGUUGGCACAUUCAACAUUGAAGAGUUUUUUAACAUGAUUGUUGAAACUCUCAGUGAUGGAGAUGAUGAAUGGGCAGUGGAGACUCUUACAUGGCUAACAGAGCAAAUCUAUGGGAAAAAAGCUCAAGAUGUUUCGCCCAACUUGCUGGAUGAGACAGAUUCAGACCUUGCAAAAAUGAGGGCUAGAUGUGUGGCAUAA